UGAGGCAGAUGGACUGGAGAGCAGACAGGUUGCAUUUCAGGACAGUCUCUCCGCCGCUGCUCGCUCCGCUGCGCCCCCCUCUGGCCUGCCGCCGCACUGCCAGGAGAAGCCGUGUGCGCCCGGUGAGCGACUGCCGCUGAAGACACAACACCGCUGUCUGCACUCAGCCUGACCUGCGACCGGCCAUGGACUACAUGAACAACGCCUCCAACAGCUACAGCUCUGGAGACACCGUGAGCGCCUCCUUAGCCAACAUGACCAUCAACGACCAGCACCACCAGGAGAACGGAGUGGCCAAAAUGAAAGAGGACGAAGCGGCGCUCAGUGAAAACGGGGUGAAACCUGCGUCUGAGCUGUCUCAGCCAGAGAGCAGCCAGUGUGAUGACGAGGUGCCGCCUGCGGAGAAGCCUGCAGAGAAAGGAGGUGUUGAAGCUACAUCUGAGGUCUCAGAAAUAGAGAGCACCUUGUGUGAAGACGAGGAGCAGCCUGCAGCAGGAGGAGCAGCUUCAACAGCUCAAGCAAAGAUGGAUAAUGGAGAUAAGAGUGGUGCAAAGUCUCAAACUCCAGGAGCCAAAACUGGCAGAACUGCAGCUCAACCAGCUAGUGCCAAGAAACCCCCUACUCCAAAAAAUGAAAAAGAUGGCCAGAGUGGACAGAGCAGCCCUGGCACCCCCAAGUCCCCCUCUAGCCAAGCACUGUCUGCAAAGGCUGCCGCCGAGGCCAACAAAGUGAAGAAGGUCGCGGUGGUUCGCUCUACGCCCAAAUCCCCGGGAUCGCUGAAGAGCCGUCCGCCGGCGCCUCUGGCUGCCGCCGCCGGGCCGAUGCCAGACCUGAAGAACGUCAGGUCCAAGAUUGGCUCCACAGACAACAUCAAGCACCAGCCUGGAGGUGGAAAGGUACAAAUCCUUGAUCAGAAGGUGGACUAUAGUAGUGUGCAGUCUAAGUGUGGCUCCAAAGACAAUGUGAAACAUGUACCCGGUGGCGGCAAUGUCCAAAUCCUCGAUAAGAAGCUGGACUUAACUAACGUCCAAGCUCGCUGCGGAUCUAAAGACAACUUAAAGCACACGCCUGGUGGAGGCAAGGUUAAAAUACUUGAUCAGAAGGUGGACUAUAGUAAUGUCCAGUCUAAGUGUGGCUCCAAAGACAAUAUGACACAUGCACCCGGUGGCGGCAAUGUACAAAUUCUUGAUAAGAAGUUGGACUUAAGCAAUGUGCAGUCCCGGUGUGGCUCCAAAGAUAAUAUAAAACAUGUACCCGGUGGUGGCAAUGUUCAAAUUGUGCACAAAAAGAUCGAUCUGAGCAACGUGACAUCUAAAUGUGGAUCGAAAGUCAACAUCCGCCACAAGCCAGGUGGUGGAAAUAUCGAGAUCAAGAACGAGAAGCUGGAGUUUAAAGUUCAGUCCAAAAUCGGCUCUCUGGACAACAUCGGCCACGUUCCUGGAGGCGGCCAGAAAAGGAUUGAGAGCCACAAACUGAGCUUCCGUGAGACGGCCAAGGCCCGCACCGACCACGGCGCUGAGAUCGUCUCCUUGGAAGACUCCCCCCACCAGCUCAGCACCGUCAGCUCCUCCGGCAGCAUCAACAUGGCCGACUCUCCGCAGCUCUCCACGCUGGCCGACCAGGUGUCCGCCUCGCUGGCCAAACAAGGCUUGUGAACGCACCCCGACGCUUCCAACCCUCCGCCUCGACCACACGACCACGUAGAGGAGAUGUGACACCUUCCUCAUUACUUUCACAGGACUUUUUUUUAGCUCCCCGUCACCGUUCAAAUCCUCCACUAACCUUUUUGAAACUAUUAGAGGUCUUGAGGAGAAAGAAACCCCAUAACAAACAGAGUUAGGCCGACAUGUAUUUACUUUCUCUGUGUGGUCUUUGAUCUCUCUUUGAUUUCAACCUUUUGUAAGUGUCCCUUUAAGAGUUGAAGCACCCCAGCAGAGCAGAAUCCUCCCUGUGAAUCUGAGGAAUUAUCUUCCUCCUGUUAAUCUGACUCGGUUUCCUGUCACAUCGACUGUGAACCCUUUAGAAAUUGUCAGUGUCGCCUUUGAUGGGUGUCCCCUGAUGGCUUUUUUUAUACACAUAUAUAUCUAUGAAAAAACAAAAGAAAUUAACCUGGAAAACGGAGGGAAAUGCAGACUGUUGGGGUUCGGUCUAAAGCAGAAGGAACAGUUACAGGGUGUGGUGAGGGUGCCGGAGGAAAACGGUUAAAAGAAAAGUAGCAAAUUUUCUCGUCGAGGCAGAUUUUUCAAAAAAUGCUUUCAGACCUCACUGCUGUCUUUGCUUUGUGUAGUCCCGACAUGUGCUGCACCUCCAGCUACUGUAGUGACUCCGGCAGGGGGUUUGUGCCAAAAAUAAGAGCAGCGAGACCCCGGAGGAGAACUUGUGUCUGAUUUAGCUGCCGAGAGGACGACAGGAUCUUUAGUUAUCGCUCCAGUAACCAGCAUCCCUGAGCUCGUUGUUCUCAGAAACAUUUACAUAUUUACACCGUUCACAGUCUGAUGUCGUAACGUUUACUGACCUCUUACAGCCAAGAAACACUUUUAAAACCCACAAAGCACAAAAACACAGUUUGUCUUGGGCCAUAUUUUUUUAUUUCAAUUUUAUUUUUCUAUUCAAAUUUUACUUUAACUAUUUAUAUAAAUUACUGUGUUGUGUUUUUAAGUUUAAUGGUGUGAAAGUGUGGCCUCUUACCUUAAAACCAUAUAUUGUUCUACAUAUUUAGAUUUGCUUUCAUCUUAAAGUAGUAAAUGUAAAUGUUAGCUAAUGUUUCUUAGAGAUGCUAGUGAGCGGGCCUUUCACAAGCAUCUUUACUUAGCCAAUUAGCAUCCCUACAGUUGGCUUUAGCAUUCGGAGGCUAGCCACUAGCAUCUGUACACCAGUUGCUUGCAUCCAUGGCCUGGUCUGGGAAAGCUAGUGACUAGCCAAGAGAUGCUAAUGGAUAACUCUGGGAUACUAGUGACUACUCCAGGGAUGCUAGUAGCGGGUGUACAGAUGUUGGUUGCUAGCCUAGAAUUGCUAAUAGAUAGUUUUGGAAUGCUAGUGACAUUAUUGGCUUAUUUUGGGAAGCUAGUGACUAGCCUAGUAAUACUAUUGACUAGUGUAGUAAUGCUAAUAGGUAGUGUUCUGAUGCUAGCCCCUAGCCUAGAGAUGCUAGUAGCCAACUUUAGAAUGUUACUUACCAGCCUAUGGCAAAUUUUCAGAUGCUAGUGACUAGCGUAGUAAUGCAAGUAACCAGUGUAGAGAUGCUAGCUACUAGCCUAGAGGAGCGGGUGGCUAAUUAUGGGAUAAGAGUGACUUUGCUAGUGAUGCCAACAACUAGCCUAGGAAUUCUUGUGAUUAGCCUUGUAGUACAAGCGACUAGCCUGGGGAUGCUGUAGUGUGAGUAGUGUAUAAAUGCUAUUGACUAGUGUACAUAUGCUAUUGGCUAGCCUAUGCUCAUGACUAGCCUAGUGAUGCUGCUUGCUAGCCCUGGGAUGCUACUGACUAGCCUAGGGAUAGUAGUAACUAGUAUAUAGCUAGUUCAGGGAUGGUAUUGGCUAGCCUGUGGAUGCAACUAGCGAAGUCUAGGGGUGUGUUUCUUGCUUCGGGUGCGACAUCCUGGUCUUAGAUCCUGGACUAGCCCCCAAAAGGUUGCAGUCCUGGUUAAAAGGGAAGAAAUGUAAAGAGGAAAAGUUAAACAAAAUCGAAACAAACAAGCACGUUAAUUAGCAGGUUCUAGAUGACUGAGUUCGGUAAGAGACUCAUGUCAUGGAGGAAAAGAUUACGUCGGACUCUCAGCAGCUAAAUCGGUGGCCGUCCUCGAGGCUCCUUCGGUCUCUCAAUAGUCUUAUUUUCGACACACCUCCUGCACUGUAGGUGACAACCCAGAUUAAAAAAAACAGAACAGUUAGAGUAGAAACUUUGAUUUGUGUUGGGCACAGUUUUAUAAACGUACUCUGUGGAUAUGACAUGUAUUUGAUAUGAAGAAACAUUUGUAUCGUGCCUGCUACUGUCAGUGUUGAUUUUUUUUACUGCUCUAUAGUAAAUGCGCUACAGCUUGACGUAUGAGGAGGAAAAUUAACCUGAACGACAUUUACAGUGUAAUUUUCAGGAGUAGAGACGGAGUGAGUUCAUCACUGAUUACAGUAUUUAAACUGCACUUAAACUGAAGGUAGAAUAACGUUCAUCGCAGUUAUUAUGAAGUUUUAAAGCGAGACUGUGUAACUUUUGCUAAACAGACACAAUGCUAAGUUAUUGUGUAGCUAAAAUGCUAAGCUAGACAGACAUCUGCUAAUCUAAGUCAGACUUAAAGAUUGUGAUUUUAACAUUUUAAGGAUGUUUGACUGGUAAUGAAUCAGACUUAUGUGUAAAAUCCGUGUUGUUUCUCCUCUCAGAAGUUACAUGGUCUCGUUUUAAAGGUCGAACCCUAACCCUGUUCAAAAUAUACUCAGCCAGAAUGACUAUGACUGUGUUGUGAAGCAGAUGGAUGGAUGGAUGGAUGUUGGAUGGAUGGUGGAGAGGAGGGAUCUCUGCUGAAGUGAGUAACGGGAGAAAAACUGUAUAGCAACGAGUUCAUGAGCUUUAGGCGGUUUAUCAUUAUUACUAUAUGUGCACCUGUACCUCUGCACUGAUGUAAAGAUUCAUGAAACGCUCAAAUUCCCUGUAAAGUUACAAAGAACGCUACAUAGCAAAAGUAUGUGGACACGUGAAUGUUAGAUGCCAGUGUAACUGUGACUAAAAACUAAUGCUGUAAAAGCAACAGUGAAGUUCUCAGUCAAAGCUUCAGAUCAUCCUAAGGGUCAGAGGCGGUAGGCUCUGUGGAAGCUCCACCUUUUCCAUUUCUAGACGAGUAAAUACCAUCCACAGCCGAGGCACUAGCAUCUGUACACCAAUCACUACCAUUUCUAUGCUAGCUAAUCACAAGUCCAGAGAUAUUAUUGGCUAGCCCUGGUAUGCUAGUGACUUGAGCAGGGAUGGGAUGGUCAAGGGCAGCUUGGGAAUGUGGGUCUUUAGCCAAGGAAUGCCAGUUGCAAGUAAAGGUAUACAGGUUGAUAGCAUAACAACAUUAGUGACAAGUCUAGGGAUGCUAGUGGCUAUCAUUGUGAUGCUAGCCACUAGCCUAGGAAUGCUUCUUGCUAAACAGGAAUGUUGGGUACAAGCUUUGAGAUGCCACUGACUAGCCUAGGGAUGCUAAUGGUUGCCAUAGUGAUUGUUUUUAGUAGCUUAAGGAUGCCAGUCGCUAACAUAGGGAUACUAGUGGCUAGCCCUGGCAUGCUAAUGGCUACUGCAGGGAUUUUAGGGACUUCUUCAGUUUGCUACCAACUAAUGUACAGACGUAGCGGCUAGCCAAGGGAAGAAAAGAUCAAAUAAAGGCAACAAAAAGUAAGAAGACGUGAUGAUAUGUGGAAUAAAUAAUCGUCUCCUGACCCCCAGUAGGGGCCUCGACCCCAGGUGUUAGAUUUCCCACACUAGACUACAGGACGAAGUGAUGCUAGCGGCGUGUCCACAUGCUUUUGUCCGUGUGUUUGAUUUCCCAUUGAAGCCCGGUUCUUUACUUUUUCAGUUCAGGUUCUUUUCCUUGUAUUUUCUAUCAGCAGGAGAUGAAUUACCAAGAACACGUUUCCCUGAAAGUUCACCCAGUGAUUCGUUCUUCGCACUAAUGAGUGAAACAGCUUCUUGCAUGCUCCUCAUGGAAGAGACGCCGUCUGCUUGUUGCCUCCUUUUCACCAAGUGGUCUCUGUAUAUCCUGUUAUAGACGCUCUGGAGGGAUGCACCCAUGUAGGAUUUUUAAAAGAAAACGUGUGAUGAAGGGUCUAAAUCUUUGAGCGUAAAGGUGCUUGCAACAUUUUCUGCAUGCUGACUUCUUUUGCUCCAGUAGAACCAGGCUGGUCUUAGUGCAGGACGGAACCGAGGGCCGGGAGAACAUCCCCGGGUUUUUCUGCAGUAACAAAACUCGUCACCUUUGAUUUCUUCUUCUUCUUUGGGUUUACUUCUGACGCUGUAUAGUUGUGGAAAUGUGAUCGUUCUUGUUAUUGUGCAUUUUAUCAAUAACUGGUUUAUGAUGAUUCUUGUUGCUGUAUAUGUGUAUUUGAAAAUAAAUGCUAUGAAGUCACA